ACCUGAAGGAGUCCAAGGGCAGUCGGCGGUGGCUACUCUUUCUGGAAGGCGGCUGGUACUGCUUCAACCGGGAGAACUGCGACUCCAGAUACGACACCAUGCGGCGCCUCAUGAGCUCCAAAGACUGGCCGCGCACUCGCACAGGCACGGGGAUCCUGUCCUCACAGCCAGAGGAGAAUCCCCACUGGUGGAACGCCAACAUGGUCUUCAUCCCCUACUGCUCCAGUGAUGUUUGGAGUGGGGCUUCGUCCAAGUCUGAGAAGAAUGAGUACGCCUUCAUGGGCACCCUCAUCAUCCAGGAGGUGGUGCGGGAGCUCCUGGGCAAAGGGCUGAGUGGGGCCAAGGUGCUGCUACUGGCCGGGAGCAGCGCCGGUGGCACUGGGGUGCUGCUGAACGUGGACCGCGUGGCCGAGCAGCUGGAGGAGAUGGGCUACCCCAGCAUCCAGGUGCGGGGCCUGGCCGACUCCGGCUGGUUCUUGGACAACAAGCAGUACCGCCGCACGGACUGCAUCGACACUAUCACCUGCGCACCCACAGAGGCCAUCCGCCGUGGCAUCAGGUACUGGCACGGGGUGGUCCCGGAGCGCUGUCGGCGCCAGUUCAAGGCAGGCGAAGAGUGGAACUGCUUCUUUGGCUACAAAGUCUACCCCACCCUGCGCUGCCCGGUGUUUGUGGUACAGUGGCUGUUUGAUGAGGCCCAGCUGACCGUGGACAACGUGCACCUCACGGGGCAGCCGGUGCUUGAGGGGCAGUGGCUGUACAUUCAGAACCUGGGCCGCGAGCUGCGUGACACACUCAAGGACGUGCCGGCCAGCUUCGCCCCCGCCUGCCUCUCCCACGAGAUCAUCAUCCGGAGCCACUGGACAGACAUCCAGGUGAAGGGGACCUCGCUGCCUCGGGCGCUGCACUGCUGGGACAGAAGCCUCCAUGACAGCCACAAGGCCAGCAAAACCCCCCUGAAGGGCUGCCCCGUCCACCUUGUGGACAGUUGUCCCUGGCCUCACUGCAACCCCUCAUGCCCCACCAUCCGGGACCAGUUCACGGGGCAGGAGAUGAACGUGGCCCAGUUCCUUAUGCACAUGGGCUUCGAUGUGCAGACAGUAGCCCAGCAGCAGGGACUGGAGCCCAGCAAGCUGCUGGGGAUGCUGAGCAGCGGAAGCUAGGGGAGCUGCCUGGAGGAGGAGCCAGCGCCAAGGGGCAGGGCCACCCGCCGCCCCCAUGCCACCUCACCCCCACCAGCAGGGCUUCCUGCCUCUGUGAGGACAGACAGGGCGCCAGCCGUCCCCAUGCCUGGGUCUGGAUGCCCUGCGCCCAGCAGCCUUCCCUGCCCCUCUCCCACUGCCUGCAGGAGCCCAGCCAGAGACAGUGGACCCACCGUCAGCCCCAGCUGUGGCCUCCCCCAGCCUCCAGCCCGCAGUGGGGAGGGGGACCCAGAAGCAAAGCACUGGAUUCCUCAGCCCCCAACCCAGCCCCUGCCGGUCAUGCCCUUUUGUAUUAUUUUAUAAAGUGUCUUUUUUAUUACCUUAAUUUUUUUAAAAAAGGAAAAUGAGUAAGAAAUAUAUGAUGAAUAUUGUUUUGUAACAUAUAUUUUUUAAAUAAUGAGAAAAAGACAACAGAAGAGCCUCA